CCGACCGGGCUUUGCCGAACCUGGGAGCGGGGCGCGCCCGGGCGGGUCCCCGCGGUCUCCGCUGCCCGCCCCGCCUGCGUGGCCCGUGGGAGCGGGUCCGGGUGCCGGAGGCGGCGGGGAGGGCUGGGACGGGGCCCUGGCCAGGGGUUUCUCUCUCCCCCACCCCCCUCCUCCCCUCGCCGCCGGUUCCCGUGAGGCUGCAAGUGCCGCCGCGGCAGCUGGGGGGCCGGCGGGGGAUGCUGCCGCCGCCCUGCCCAGCGCCGGAGUAAGGGCAGGCGCUGGUGGCGGCAGGAGCAGCCCCGGCGGAGGGACGAGCUCUCAGAGAUGGGCUCUCUGUAAUGCUUUGGCCAUGAAGAAACAAGGACCACUGAAUUGCUGUUUUGCAAUGGAGAAGAGAGAGGGAGAAAUACCAGCACUGUGGCUUCCACCUUGUUGCUUACCUCCCUGCAGACAUGUGUCACAAAUCCUCCCUGUGCUGUAUUAAGGAAAGGAAAAGCUUAGACAUUGUGACAUCUGCUUUCUUACAUCAUAUUUUCCAAUUUUACAUCCUAUAACCCCUGGUGAAGAGAGGAACAAUGACUUUAUAUAGCUGCUGUUUGAUUCUUUUGCUAUUUACAUGGAACACUGCUGCCUAUGGUCCAAACCAAAGGGCACAGAAGAAGGGAGACAUUAUCCUUGGUGGAUUGUUCCCCAUCCAUUUUGGAGUGGCUGCUAAAGACCAGGAUCUAAAGUCAAGACCCGAAUCAGUGGAGUGUAUAAGGUAUAAUUUCCGAGGCUUCCGCUGGCUCCAGGCUAUGAUCUUUGCCAUAGAAGAAAUAAACAGUAGCCCAAAUCUCCUUCCCAACAUGACCUUGGGAUACAGGAUAUUUGACACUUGCAAUACAGUCUCUAAAGCCCUCGAGGCCACUCUGAGUUUUGUGGCUCAGAACAAGAUAGACUCCUUGAACCUGGACGAAUUCUGCAACUGCUCAGAACAUAUCCCUUCCACCAUUGCAGUCGUGGGGGCGACCGGCUCUGGGGUCUCCACCGCCGUGGCCAAUCUGCUGGGACUCUUUUACAUACCUCAGGUCAGCUAUGCCUCAUCCAGUCGUCUUUUGAGCAAUAAGAACCAGUUUAAGUCCUUCCUCCGCACAAUCCCCAAUGACGAGCAUCAGGCUACCGCUAUGGCAGACAUCAUCGAGUACUUCCGCUGGAACUGGGUGGGAACAAUUGCAGCUGAUGAUGACUAUGGACGGCCCGGGAUUGAAAAGUUUCGGGAGGAGGCAGAGGAGAGAGACAUCUGCAUUGAUUUUAGUGAGCUCAUCUCACAGUAUUCGGACGAAGAGGAGAUCCAGCAGGUGGUGGAGGUCAUCCAGAACUCCACAGCAAGAGUGAUUGUUGUUUUCUCCAGUGGCCCAGACCUGGAACCACUCAUCAAAGAGAUCGUCAGGCGAAACAUCACCGGCAAGAUCUGGCUGGCGAGUGAGGCCUGGGCCAGCUCCUCCCUGAUAGCCAUGCCAGAGUUCUUCCGCGUCAUUGGCAGCACUAUAGGGUUUGCACUGAAGGCAGGACAGAUCCCAGGCUUCCGUGAGUUCCUGCAGAAGGUGCAUCCCAAGAAAUCCACCAACAAUGGCUUUGCCAAGGAGUUUUGGGAGGAGACAUUUAACUGCUAUCUCCCCGAUGGGUCCAAAAAUUCUCCAGCUUCAGCUUCCUUCCACAAGGCCCAUGAAGAGGGCUUGGGCACUGGAAACAGUACAACUGCCUUUCGACCUCCAUGCACAGGGGAUGAGAACAUCACCAGUGUGGAGACACCAUACAUGGACUACACACACUUGCGGAUAUCCUAUAACGUGUAUUUGGCAGUAUAUUCUAUUGCACAUGCUUUGCAGGAUAUAUACACCUGUACCCCUGGGAAAGGACUCUUCACUAAUGGAUCCUGUGCAGACAUUAAGAAGGUUGAGGCAUGGCAGGUUCUGAAGCAUCUACGCCACUUAAAUUUCACCAAUAACAUGGGGGAGCAAGUGGACUUUGAUGAGUUUGGAGACCUAGUAGGGAAUUACUCAAUAAUAAAUUGGCAUCUCUCUCCGGAGGAUGGCUCAGUCGUCUUUGAGGAGGUUGGGCACUACAACGUCUAUGCCAAGAAAGGGGAGAGGCUUUUUAUCAAUGAAAACAAAAUCCUGUGGAGUGGAUUCUCAAAGGAGGUACCUUUCUCUAACUGCAGCAGGGACUGCCUCCCAGGCACCAGAAAGGGCAUUAUUGAGGGAGAGCCCACCUGCUGCUUUGAGUGCGUGGACUGCCCCGACGGGGAGUACAGUGAUGAAACAGACGCAAGCGCUUGUGACAAAUGCCCUGAGGAUUACUGGUCCAAUGAGAACCACACAUCCUGCAUCCCCAAGCAAAUAGAGUUUCUGUCCUGGACAGAGCCCUUUGGGAUUGCCCUGACUCUCUUUGCUGUGCUGGGAAUUUUCCUGACUUCUUUUGUCCUGGGAGUCUUCACCAAAUUUCGCAACACUCCCAUUGUCAAGGCCACAAACCGGGAGCUGUCCUACCUCCUCCUCUUCUCCUUGCUCUGCUGCUUCUCCAGCUCAUUGUUCUUCAUUGGUGAGCCCCAGAACUGGACUUGUCGUCUGCGGCAGCCAGCUUUUGGCAUCAGCUUUGUGCUCUGCAUCUCCUGCAUCCUGGUGAAAACCAACCGUGUCCUGCUUGUCUUUGAGGCAAAGAUCCCCACAAGCCUUCACCGAAAGUGGUGGGGCCUCAACCUCCAGUUCCUCCUGGUCUUCUUGUGUACAUUUGUACAGAUUGUCAUCUGCGUGAUUUGGCUCUACACAGCCCCACCAUCCAGUUAUCGAAACCAUGAGCUGGAGGAUGAGAUCAUCUUCAUCACUUGCCAUGAGGGCUCCCUGAUGGCCCUGGGCUUCCUCAUUGGCUACACCUGCCUUCUGGCAGCCAUUUGCUUCUUCUUUGCCUUCAAGUCUCGAAAACUGCCUGAGAACUUUAACGAGGCCAAGUUCAUCACCUUCAGCAUGCUGAUCUUUUUCAUUGUCUGGAUCUCCUUCAUCCCUGCUUAUGCCAGCACAUAUGGCAAGUUUGUCUCUGCCGUGGAGGUGAUUGCAAUACUGGCCGCCAGCUUUGGGCUCCUGGCCUGCAUCUUCUUCAACAAAGUCUACAUUAUUCUCUUCAAGCCGUCCCGCAACACAAUUGAGGAAGUGCGCUGCAGCACAGCUGCCCAUGCUUUCAAGGUGGCUGCCAGGGCCACGCUGAGACGGAGCAACGUGUCACGCAAGCGCUCCAACAGCCUCGGAGGCUCCACCGGAUCCACCCCUUCCUCCUCCAUCAGCAGCAAAAGCAACCAUGAAGACCCUUUUCCUCUACCAGCCUCCGCUGAGCGGCAGCGCCAGCAGCAGCGUGGGUGCAAGCAAAAGGUCAGCUUUGGGAGUGGCACAGUUACCCUGUCCCUGAGCUUCGAGGAACCACAGAAGAACGCCAUGGCCAACAGGAACACCAAGCGCAGGAACUCGCUGGAGGCCCAGAACAGUGACGACAGCCUGAUGCGGCAUCGGGCCCUGCUUCCCCUGCAGAACAGUGAGUCCCUCGGUGCUGAGCCUGGCUUCCAGGCAGCUUCCAGCCCAGAGUCCAGCUCGCAGGAAUCAGUGGUGGGAGACACCAAAGAAGAGGUACCAAGCCCUGAGGCAGAGCCUUCCCUGCCAUCAGCUAAUUCUCGAAAUUUUAUAGGCACUGGAGGAGGCUCUGUCACAGAGAACACAGUACAUUCCUAACAAAAGAAGAUCAUGAAAAGCGCACCAGUCCCCAAGAGGAACUUGCUCACCUCUUGCUUCUGAAUGGGAAAGACAACAAAGAUACAUAUCUGUGACACAGCCCCACCACACGUUAUUGUUAGUGCCGGCAGGGUAACACACAUGCCUCCAGAGGAAGGACUGUCAGAAGCCUGUGUCUGGGGAGCCUUGAACUGAAUUUGCAUUUGCUUUAUUGAAAUCAGGACAUCUUGGAAGGACAAGUGAAGAUUGCCUCUGGUGGGGCUUAAGCAGAACUUUGCAUGCUGCCUUGCCUCUGUAAGCUUUUCCUGCCAGACUGCAACUCAGCUGACUAUGGGAGGCACUGGGCAAUUCCACUAUACUCUGCUUUUACAUUUAUGUAUAAUAUUCCUCUUCCCCACUAUGUAUAAUAUUCCCUCUUUACCCAGUAUAUGUGAUCUGUAACCAUGUGCAUCAGGACUCUCAGCUCUUCAAAAGCAAGAUACACAGUUUCACUUGGGGAAAGCACAGUCAGGGGGGAAAUAAAAAAGCCCCCAACGUCCUGCAUGCUGUGUACAGCCAAGGGUGUGAACAUGUAAAGUAUUUAAUGUGACAGAGCGCCUUGCUAUUUAUAUUUAGUAAUGUCCCAAUUUCUCCUUUCCGCCCAGCAGGAAAUACUGGACUAAACCCUUCCUAGACUCCAUUGCACUAGACCAAGCUACUAGGUUCCUACCGUUUUCUUCCAGCUGAGGUGGCUUUACCUCCAACCUGCCUGCUUUGGUGGAGGGGGAGAACAGCUUGUAAAUGCCCCUGGAGAACGUUGCGAGAGCACAAUGACAUGUAUUCAUGAUUGAUUAUGUUGCUAGUAGUUGUAUGCUUAACAAAGUGUUGCCGCUGUAAUAUUCCACAUGGCAUACAUGGCUAACCCUUUCACACCAUAGUCAGUGUUGUGCUUUGCCAUAUUAAUCUGCCUCACACCUACACAUAGCAUUGCGCUAGUCAUGACAGUACUCGUGGGCCUGAUACAAAGCCAAUAAAACUAGGUGAAAUGGAGGAGUUAGGGAUAGAGAAAUAGCCCCCAAAAUUGGUAAUAUUUCAGAUUAAUAUUGCAAGUGUGCAUGCUGGUAGAUGAUGGGGUGAAGAAAAUAUACAGACCUGGGCUCUGCCAUAUUCCAACAGACAAAUGAGUAAAUUUGGUAUGUUUUGGUUCCUAUAGGCCUUCUACUUGGUUAUGUCCCUCCUGGCCCAUCUUGAAGAGAGGGUACUUAGAACAGGAAGGGUGCAUGGUAGCUAGAGAAGAGCAAGGACUUUAAAAGAGAGCACAGUCGAACUUCAUUACUCUUGACUCUUGUUCUACACCCCUAAAAGCAGACAUAAGUGCUCCUGGUUGUUCAGGGUAUGCCUGGUUCCUCUCCAUCCAUGCUGGAAAGGUUGAAGUAAGAGUCAUUAGAACAGAUUUUGUUGCAGCCUGAUGAAAGAAAGAGUGCCCCUUGGCAGCCCAGCAGGAAAGGUGAGGCUAUGUUGCAGAAUUUACUUCCCUCUUUACAGAUCCCAUACACAAGAACAGGCAUCUGCUGUGAAGAUGUCAGUACCUUCGCUCAUCAACCAUGAAAGUAGUCUAGAACACUGUGGAAAGGUAUACAGGCCUGCAGCUUAGCAUGAGCAGAGACGAAAGGACUGUGUGAAUGUGUUGGGGAAAAUACAAUUCUCUUGUUACUGUUUUUGCUUGUUUGUUCUUUUGCCAGGGCAGGAAAAUAAAACUUACAGGUGACAUUACUGCAUAAAAACUUUGUUUUGCAACCUC